AUGGCUGCGAGGAGUGGCAUCCGUGACACCGCUACGACCCCACGCGCGGACAAGGCGGCUCUUACGGAACUGUAUUGGGAUGCGAUUCUGCUCACAGAAAGCGAGUUUUUGGAUUCCGGUUACCACGAUUAUACUGGGUUUCAGCGCCAGGUGGUACGACAAGUCGGACAGGCCCUCACAACGUACGAACGCGGUCAUAAAGCUCCAUUUAGGUCGAGUUCUGUCGCCCUCUGGCGGCAGAUUGGGCUCUCAUACAGUCUCCUCUACUACCCAGAUUGGUUUCAAAACCCAAUUUGGUGUAAGUCGGACUCUACGCGACUCCAGGUGAUACUGUCGCAGGAUAUAAGUCAGGUUGUUAAGCAGCUGCUGAUGUCGCUCUUGGAGUAUACAGCAACGUUAGACCUGGCAUGGCUACGACUGUGUGUUCUUCGCGAUGUGACAGGAAUCAAAGACUUGUUACGGAACUUGAGCUGGCUCGGCGGGCGUGUCGUGCCAAAUGAGAAUAGAACUGCUGCACUAGACUCCCUCACGGCACUUGAAUGCGCUACUUUUAGCGAUGAAAAGUAUGUGAUUGUGGAAUUUGAGUGCUAG